AUGGAGGGCUUCAAACCACCAAGUACCAAGCAGGGCAAGAAUGAAGAGGCACUGACCAAGUAUGCCGCUUUUCUAUGCGGUCUCAUGCUUUUAGUCUUCGCCAUUCGUCGGCUGCGUGACAUUUGUAUUACGUCGCAUUUUAAACACUCUGGCUCAGUAUCGGCGUCCGGGCGUGAGGCAUCUCUUCUGGUUUUUCAAAUUCUGCAGAGACGUCUACCAGCCUCGUGGUUUGGCCGACCUUCUUUGGGGUUCAUCGUGAUGAUCAGCAUCUAUCUUGUCGGCAACAUCGCUUUUUGCUCAAAUAUGCUUGCGAUACCCCAACUCUUGAAUCACUGGGCCUCUAGGAUGUGCGUUGGCAACAUGGCGCUAUGUGUCUUUUUUGGCCUCAAGAACAACCCGCUGGCCCCCUUGGCCUCCAUUUCGCACAGCCAACUUAAUAUCCUACAUCGCAUCGUCGGUUAUACAACUGUAUUUCUUCUCGCGCUUCACGCCCUUGUAUACACGAUUCAUUUUGGCCGCCAAGGUCGCUUGGUACAGUUGUUGAAGAAGGAGGAUAUCGAAGGCAUGGGGGCCGGCGUUGCCAUGCUUGUACUACUGACGGGGGUGUUUAGACACAAGCACUAUGAGCUUUUCUAUACUAGCCACAUCAUAGGCUUCGUGGCGGUUGUGAUCUUCACAGCCCUUCACAGACCAAACUGGGCCAAGAAGAUACCGAUGGUGAUGCUCAUCAUAUUCAGCAUGUGGACGGUGGACCGACUCAUACGACUGAGCAAGCUAUUAUGCAAUCUCGCUAACAACUCAGCGACAUUCUAUCCUCUUCCGUAUAAUGGAACACGGAUAGUGCUCAAGAAGCCUGGUAUGGAAGACGCCUUACCUGGAUCGCACUGUUUUUUAUGGAUUCCGAGACUUGGAAUAUUUGAGACUCAUCCAUUCACUAUUGUCAGUAAUGACUCCUCUGGUCUAGAGCUCGUCAUGAAAACGCACAAGGGGUUCACCAAAGCUGUCAGCAGCUUUGCAAACCAACAUCUCAGAACUCCUCUAUGGGCAUCUAUUGAUGGGCCAUAUGGGUCGCUGCCAGACGUGAGCAACUACGACAAACUGAUCCUGAUCGCUGGUGGGAGCGGAGCAGCCUUCACCUUUGGAGUCAUGAACCGUCUCAUAAUACAGCGUGAAAAAAAACUUGCGAUUCGUUCUAUCGACUUUGUAUGGGCAGUAAGGCGUAUAGAACAGAUGAGUUGGUUUCGCAGACAUUUGAGUAAUAUUGCGGAGUCUGCAUUUCCCAUCAGGGUUAAGGUCUAUGUGACGGGCGAACGGUCUGCAUAUGACGCAGUAGUUCAUGGCACCGACUCUCAAGUAUCUCCUUGCGGAGCAGAAUUGGAGGUUCUUCUACGACAGGAUGCGUUCCACUACGAAACCAUCUCUGAGAUGGGAAACGUGCGCGGGUUGACUAGCGCUGAGCCCAAAUGCAACCCGUUGUUUGAGAAGCUAGACGUUGAUAGAACAAUUAGCGAAGGCGUGGGAGCAGCUGGAAGUCAUCAGCGAGUUCUCCUCUUAACUUGCGGCCCGAAAUCCCUCAUGGAUGCCGUGCAGGAUUCGGCAAUAAUGGGGAUGCCUACUGGCUACCAGGACUAG